UGUGUGUGUGUGUGUGUGUAAAGUAAUCGUAUGUAAAGCAUUGGUCAGCUGGUUAAGAAGUUCUCGGGGGACUGAGUCAGUAAUUCCUCAUCAGUGUACAGGCCUAUACAUUAUGUUUACGAAGAGCGAGUCUCUUUUUUUGACUAUAAGAACACACUUCCGUUUAAGAACUCUUUGAGCUCGGGAGAGACGAACACCUUCCUCUUUGUUAGACAUCAGGAAGUGAUGCGUACACACACGUAUUUUUUGUAAGUUGGAUUUCCCCGCAUCAGUCAGUGCAGCGAAGGAUUAAUGGGAAACAUUUCUAAUGGGAUACAUCAUGACAGCAUCUGAUCUGCCUGCGGUGCUUUGCUGAACAUUUAAACCUGAGAUCAGCAGAUCAACCAAUCACAGUUGUGUAUGAGCUGUUAUCCUCAAUCAUGUCAGAUUUGAAUGACAACUCUUUGAACAUCAAUUUCUUGAAAGAAUCUGUGUUAAAGAGGCUCUGUGAGUCUCUUGACAAGGCCAACAAUAAGGGAUGGCGAAAACUGGGGGAGAUUGUGAAAAGUGACAGGCGAUUCAAAGUGAGUCUCGAUGAUAUGGACAUGUGUUCUCUGAAGGCUUUGGAGGCAGACGGGAGUCCCUCCCGCUCCCUGCUCAAACUCAUUGGAGAUCAAGGAUGUAUUUUGGGUGAACUGGUUGAGUUUCUACAGAUCAUGGGUCAUACGGAUGCCCUGCAGUACCUUAAACCUCCAGGAAUUCAGAUUCUCGUCCAGCCGCAGUCAGUGGCUGUCAUUGCUGGGCACAACCUUCGUCUCAGCUGUUGUGCUGUUGGUGCGUCACAUGUGCAGUUCCAGUGGUUUAAGAAAACGGAAGAGGUAUAUAACAGCUCUUCCCCAGACCUGGUGUUCAGCCCAGUCCAGGUCAAAGAUGCAGGGUUUUACAUCUGUAGGGUGAACUGUGGAAGCACAUAUGAGUUCAGUCACUGGGCCCAAGUAGACGUCCUUGAUGUUCCACCAAGAUAUGGAUUAGUGUCUUUGGCAUUAGAGGGCAGGCCGAGGGUCCUGAUCCAGCCUCAGCCUCAAAGGCUGCUGGUGGGUGAUCUACUCUAUCUGGAGUGUGGAGCUAUUGGCAGACCUCUACCGCAAUAUCAAUGGUACAGAAAUGGAGGGCCGAUCAAAAAAGCCAACAGGAGGAAGUACACUGUCAAGAAUUUGUUGCCAGAGCACGAGGGAAGAUAUCGCUGCGAGAUCUUCUGCAAUAAUGAGCGAACAUGGAGCAAUGAAGUCGAUGUUGUUGUUAUUGAAAAUCCUUGCCAUUCUGAAAUGAAAGAGCCAAGAAUAUCUCUUCAAAUUUCAGGAGCGAUGGAGUGCUCUGAAGAUGACUUUCUGACUGUUGAGAAGGAUUACCUUCAUGAGAAACCUUAUGCUACAGACAAAGUGGCUCUUCUCAUCGGUAACCUCACAUAUCGAAACCACCCACAGCUGAAAGCGCCCAUGGUUGAUGUUUAUGACCUCACUAAUUUGCUGCGGCAGCUGAACUUUAAAGUGGUGUCUCUGCUGGAUCUGACAGAGUCAGAGAUGCGGAACGCUGUGGAGGAAUUCUUGUCCCUGCUUCAUAAGGGAGUUUAUGGUUUGUUGUAUUAUGCUGGACAUGGUUAUGAGAACUUUGGGAACAGCUUCAUGGUGCCUGUGGAUGCCCCAAAUCCAUACCGCUCAGGCAACUGUCUCUGUGUUCAGAGCAUUCUGAAACUGAUGCAGGAGAAGGAGACUGGACUCAAUGUGUUCCUCCUUGAUAUGUGCAGGAAAAGAAAUGUACAUGAUGACGCCAUGCCAAAUGUCAUGCUCAAAGUUACAGCCAAUAUUGUGUUUGGAUAUGCCACUUGCCAAGAUGCUGAGGCUUUUGAGUUGAGUUCAAGUGGAUUCACCAAUGGAGUCUUUAUCAAAUUCCUGAAGGAGCGCCUCCUAGAGGAUGAGAAGAUAACUGUUCUGCUAGACAGUGUGGCUGAAGACAUGGGCCAGUUUGACCCCACAAAGGGUAAGCAGGCUCUAGAGAUCCGCAGCAGCCUGUCAGAGAGACGUUCCCUCACCGAUCCCAUCCGCCCCGGGGACUACUCAGAUCCAGCUGAGGCACACAACCUGCUCUGGUCUAAAGCACAUGAACUGCCAGAGAGUAAACUUCUGGACUUUGACUGUGGAGUUCAGAUAAAAAUGGACUUUGCUGCCGAGUUCUCCAAUGUGCUGGUCAUCUACACCAGCAUUGUGAAAAAGCCAGAGGAGAUGCAGUCAUGCCAGGCACACAUAACUAACCUUCCUCUGGACCUGGAUGUAGACCCUAAGCUGAUGAAUAAGGAAACUGUGGAGGAAACGGGAAGCUUCUUACUUUCAGGCAGUCUUCCUCAGCACUGCCUCUACACCAGACUCAGCUCAGUGCAGAAACUCAAGGAGGAAUUAGCUUUCACAGUCUGCCUACAAGUCCAGUUUAACUCCCUAGAUGACAUGGUCCAGUGGAACAUGGACGUUAACAUCGGCAAGCCUCUCACCGCCAAACUGGAUCUCAACCGGCCCACCAGGAAGAACAGCUGCCAGCUGACGUGUCACAUGCCGCACAGCCCCUCGACCAGCCCCAGCCACAGCCCCGCAUGUGACCGCCGCUUCCACAGCCAGAGCCCCUGCUUCCCCCAGCAGUACGCCAACCCCUACCUCAACGUCUGUGAGCCUCUCCACGGAGCUGUUGGAGGUUAUGAGGACUUUCGAUUGUAUGGUGACCAUACAUAUCAAUACGAGAACAUGCCAUGCUCACCCUUCCUGAACCCACCGAGCAUUCCCAUUGAGACCACUGAUGACAUUGAUGACAUGCAGAAUGAGUUCAUGAAUAGUUUACAACUCUAUAACAAUCCUUGAGUGAGUACAAAGUGCGAAACAGAUGAUUAAAGACAAAAGUCCACCCAAAAUGAAAAUUCUUAUCCUCAUGCCUUCCUAAGAUAUAUGACUUUCUUUUCUCAGUUGAACACAAACAAAGAUUUUUAGAAUAAUAAUCUAUCUCUGUGAGUUCCAUAGGCAUAGUGGGAUGAGUGGGACAUGUCCCCACCACUUUUUGCAAGGGUCGAUAUUGUCCCCACCACUUUUUUGAGACAUCUCGCUACACAGAUAUACUAAAAGCAAAUGAAACCUAUCCAGUUGAUGUUCAUUUGUGUUAAAUAAGAGCCGUUCGUUGCCCGUGUUAUGAGUGGCAGAACUUUCUCUUUUUGUUCGUGCAUAGUCUAUACAAUCAUUAAUGACCAUCUGUGAUUUUAAUGAGGAAAACAAAACUAUAUGAGGGCAGAUUAGGAACUGAAACCUCUGACAUGCUUAACAAAAGUUCUACCACCAGACCAUUAGGGAAUCCAAAUGCUUAUUGUAAAUCUAUGUAUUUAUUCACUAACGUGAAGAAUCUCAGGACUAACAAUAUAUUGUAUUAUAGAUAUAUAGUAGGUGUUAAGAAUGAAACUCACAAUUAAAUCACAUUAAACAUGAGUUCUUAAUUGUUCUAUUGAAAUUGAUUUCUAGACAUCGUAAUGUUAUUUUUUUCUACAAUUGUUAUUGUACAUAUAGCACACCCCCCCACACACACACUUUUUAAAACAAAGUUACGCCACUGUUGAGUUCAUAUAAUGCAAGUAGAUGGGAUCCUCAAAGUUGAUGCUUCAAAAACCACAGAAAACAAGCACAAUGCUAACCCAUAUGACCCCAGUUGAUGAAUCAAUAACUUCUGAAGCGAAACGAUGUAGUGUGUGUGUAAAUAUCACACAGGUUGAUGUAAGCGUGUUGUGAAACUCACGUGAGAAGUGAUGUCCUGUGUGCUCUGUGUUACUUUUUGCACUUACAUCAUGCUUCAGAACAUGGUGACGUUUACAGCAAGCGAACUUAUGAACCCGCAUGUGACAGUUAGCCAAUGGUGAUAUAUUUUUUAAAUAUUAGUACUUUUCUUUUACAGACCUAUCAUUUCACUUCAUAAGACAUUGAUUCAUCAACUGGGGUAGUAUGAAUUACCAUGGUGUUCACUUUGUGUGGUUUUUGAACUGUCGGCUUGGGAGAUCCCAUACACUUCCAUUAUAUGGACUCAAAGAAGUGGAUUAUUUUGAUAAAAUAUUCAUUUGUGUUCAUCUGAAGAAAGAAAGUCAUAUAUUUGGGACGGCAUGAGAGUGAGUAAAUGAGAGAGUUUUCAUUGUGGGUUUAGUAUGUUAAAGGUGAGGGGGGUCAUUUAAGUUAAAAUACUGUCUCAUAUCCCAUCUUAAUGUUUAGACUAUAAAUCAAUUAUGAGUAAUCCAUUGAUAAAUUGACUGCAUUAUUUUUGCAUUUGCCUUUGGUGGUGGUAGUGAUGCAAAAAUUAUAUCCCAGGUGGUCAUGUCUAACAGUUUUCAGUCUGCACCUUCAUGUGACUAACUUAUGGAACCUUCAAAAUAUUUUAUCGUGAAGAAAAUAUUGUAACAUACUGUGAACUGUAAGUAUUUAGUGGUUUAGUAUUUAGUGUUAAAAAUCUCAUCAUAUCUUUACAUUUAAACAUAUCUUUUUCAUGUGGAUUUUAAAGAGUUAUUUAGAAAAAUAACCUUUAUUUUUAAAUAAAAAGUGCAUGAAUCAUAUAUAAUGAUUAUUUUUUAACAUGUAGAUGUUGGUCAUAAGUCAUAACAUUGACUUUGCAAUUUAAGAUUACUCAGUAUUAAGUCAAUCACAGUUUGAUUUUUUUUUUUUUUUUUAAAGAAAGAAAAAGAAGAUCAAGGAACAAAAUAAAAACAGAUUAAGAUAAAAAAAGAACCAAAUGAAAGGACUCUGAAUAAAUUCACAAAUUAAUUUCUGAA